AUGAUCACAUAUAAAUGCUGUAACUCGACACACUCUAUAUCAUUUCACCUCCUUCAGCUCCAAGUCAAAAUGUACCUUUUUGUACCCAUCCUCGUGAGUGUGCUUCUUCCCAAAGGUAAGAGGACUAUCUAGGCCAUAGCCUACGUUUAACAUGCUUUUCGAUUAUAAUUUAUUUUAAAUGUCAAAAUAGUACACAAAGAAAAUCUCUAAAUAUGGCUAUAGCCCAUAUCAUUUUUGCAUUACUUAGGCUACCUUUGGCUGCAUUUGGAUUAAUUCUGCUUUGAAGAUCAAGUUCAGCAAUUAUUAUACUUUUUUUUUGCAAUUUCAAUUUAGCCUAUAGCCCACAGUUUAGAACUAUAAUGAAGAAUAAAUAAAUAUAUAACUCAAUUUACCUUUUGAAUGACAAAUGCAUUUCAGCCAAAGAAAACAUUGUCCACGUUUUAGUCUAUUAUAUCCCUGAUAAUUUAUGAAUGGUAUUUCUAAUAAUGGGAUGGUGUAACUUUUCACCUUCUCAGCAUAUUCACUCAAGUGCUUUGAGUGCAUACCGGGAGUCUCGGGAACAUGCACGGAUAAGCAGAUUGACUGUCCUAAUCCAACCCAAUGUGGAAACACGCGGAUUACAUCCUAUGCGGGUAAAUUAAUGGAAGGUUAAUUUAGCUCAUAAAUGUUAGCCAAACGAUAAAACAAAUAUUUUUGGUUCAUUUUAUUACGUUUUAAAACUUUUUUUUCUUUUUCUUGACUCAACCUCUUCUUUCCAUUUCCAGGUGAUACAAAAGUAUUAGAUGUCAACGCGAAGUCUUGCGCCGGUGCCAACUGAGUGUUUCAGUGCAGCAGUGAACUUCGGAAUCGCGCGCACUACGAUCACCAGCAAAUGCUGCAAUACGGACCUCUGCAACUCCCAAAGCGUCCCUGGUAACUAUCUCAAUGAGAAUGUAUAGGCUAUGUUAGUUUAUAAUAAAUGCUACUAUUAAAACAUUCGAUUUGAUAGCAUGUUGAAAGGUUGAACUGAAAUUAAUAUUUUUAAUUGAUAGUUCUAUGAGGAAAGUUUUAGUUGAUGAAUUAGACUAACUCAAUUCUUAAAUUGAAAUACAACCAACACAUUUAUUUAGCAUAAUUAUUUAACGGCUGCCAAGUGUUUUCAACAUAGAGGAAGAGGAAUACUCGAAAUAGGCAAUUAUAAGGAAUAGAAUGAAUCUAUUUUGAUUUUGGUUUGUGGUGAGGUGGGAGUGAAAAGUGCAAUCACUUAUCCUGUAGAGUCCACUAAACCCACUCCUAAUGGCAAGAAGUGCUUCACCUGCACCGGAACGGACUGCACGAGCGCUCUGAGCUGCUUGGGAGACGAGGACCGCUGCAUCUCAACAACAGGUAGUGUGUCAGAUUAAUCGCGCACCGUUACCUGCACAUUCUUUACAUUCCUAAAGCCUAUUUCUUUAGUCUCUAAGACUGGUAUCAUAGACUAGACAUAACAUAGUAAACGUAAAUCCGGGACACUCAAAUUAGUAUGAUAUGUUAUGUUUGGUUUAGUUACAUCAGAUAGAAGGUUAAUUAAGGCAAAAACGUAAGGAGGGUGGUUGGUCAGGGUGGAUGGGUGGGCAUAUAAUGCUAAUGUCUAGCAACCCAAAGGUUGCAUGUUUGUAACUCAUACAACUUUAGCAUUUUAGAUCCCUUCCCCUAACUUUUUAGAUAACCCUUGCCCUAACUCCUAACCUUAACCCUAACUGUUAACACUAACCCUUACUGCUAGCUAACGUUAGUGUUAACCAUCUAGCCACAUAGCUAAUGUUAGCAACAAAUAUUUUGGAAUUGAAAUCAAAUCAAAUUGUAUUGGUCACAUACACAUGUUUAGCAGAUGUUAUUGUGGGUGAAGUGAAAUGCUUGUGCUUCUAGAUCCGACAGUGCAGUAAUAUCUAACAAGUAAUAUCUAACAAUUUCACAACAUAUACCCAAUACACACAAAUCUAAGUAAGGAAUUAAUUAAGAAUAUAUACAUAUAUGGACGAGCGAUGUCAGAGCGGCAUGGACUAAGAUACAGUAGAAUAGUUUAGAAUACAGUAUAUACAUAUGAGAUCAGUUAUGCAAGAUUUGUAAACAUUAUUAAAGUGACUAAGAUACAGUAGAAUAGUAUAGAAUACAGUUUAUACAUAUGAGAUGAGUAAUGCAAGAUUUGUAAACAUUAUUAAAGUGGCUAGCAUUCCAUUUCUUAAAGUGGCCAGUGAUUUCUAGUCAAUGUCCAUAGGCAGCAGCUAGUGUGCUAGUGAUGGCUGUUUAAGAGUCUGAUGGCCUUAAGAUAGAAGCUGUUUUUCAGUCUCUCGGUCCCAGCUUUGAUGCACCUGUACUGACCUCGCCUUCUGGAUGAUAGCGGGGUGAACAGGCAGUUGCUUAGGUGGUUGAUGUCCUUGAUUAUCUUUUUGGCAUUCCUGUGAUAUCGGGUGCUGUAGGUGUCCUGGAGGGCGGGUAGUUUGCCCCCGGUAUUGUGUUGUGCAGACCGCACCACCCUCUGGAGAGCCUUGCGGUUAGGGGUGGUGCAGUUGCCGUACCAGGCGGUGAUACAGCCCGACAGGAUGCUCUCAAUUGUGCAUCUGUAAAAGUUUGUGAGGGUUUUAGGUACCAAGCCAAAUUUCUUUAGCCUCCUGAGGUUGAAGAGGCUCUGUUACGCCAUCUUCACCACACUGUCUGUGUGGGUGGUCCAUUUCAGUUUGUCAGUGAUGUGUAUGCCAAGGAACUUGAAGCUUUCCACUUUUUACACUGCGGUCCCGUCGAUGUGGAUAGGGGGGUGCACCCUCUACUGUUUCCUGAAGUCCACGAUCAUCUCCUUUGUUUUGUUGACAUUGAGUGAGAGGUUGUUUUCCUGGCACCACACUCCCAGUAGGCUGUCUCGUCAUUGUUGGUAAUCAAGCCUACUACUGUUGUGUCGUCUGCAAACUUGAUGAUUGAGUUGGAGGCGUGCUUGGCCACACAGUCAUGGGUGAACAGGGAGUACAGGAGUGGGCUGAGCAUGCACCCUUGUGGGGCCCCAGUGUUGAGGAUCAGCGAAGUGGAGAUGUUGUUUCCUACCUUCACCACCUGGGGGAGACCCGUCAGGAAGUCCAGGACCCAGUUGCACAGGGCGGGUUUCAGACCCAGGACCUCAAGCUUAAUGAUGAGCUUGGAGGGUACUAUGGUGUUGAAUGCUGAGCUAUAGUCAGUGAACAGCAUUCUUACAUAGGUAUUCCUCUUGUCCAGAUUGGAUAGGGCAGUGUGCAGAGUGAUGGAGAUUGCAUCGUCUGUGGAUCUGUUGGGGCGGUAAGCAAAUUGAAGUGGGUCUAGGGUGACAGGUAAGGUAGAGGUGAUACGAUCCUUGACUAGUCUCUCAAAGCACUCCAUGAUGACAGAGGUGAGUGCAACGGGGCGAUAGUCGUUUAGUUCAGUUACCUUUGCUUUCUUGGGUACAGGAACAAUGGUGGCCAUCUUGAAGCAUGUGUGGACAGCAGACUGGGAUAGGGAGAGAUUGAAUAUGUCCGUAAACACACCAGCCAGCUGGUCCAUGCAUGCUCUGAGGACAUGGCUAAGGAUGCCAUCUGGGCCGGCAGCUUUGCGAGGGUUAACACGUUUCAAUGUUUUACUCAUGUUGGCCACAGAGAAGGAGAGCCCACAGUCCUUGGUAGCGGGCCACAUCGGUGGAACUGUGUUAUUCUCAAAGCGGGCGAAGAAGGUGUUUAGCUUGUCCGGAAGCAAGACGUCGGUCUCAGCGACGUGGCUGGUUUUCCUUUAGUAGUCUGUGUUUGUCUGUAGACCUUGCCACAUACAAUGGGGAGAACAAGUAUUUGAUACACUGCCGAUUUUGCAGGUUUUCCUACUUACAAAGCAUGUAGAGGUCUGUAAUUUUUAUCAUAGGUACACUUCAACUGUAAAUUAAAAAUCAUACAAUGUGAUUUUCUGGAUUUUUGUUUUAGAUUCCGUCUCUCACAGUUGAAGUGUACCUAUGAUAAAAAUGACAGACCUCUACAUGCUUUGUAAGUAGGAAAACCUGCAAAAUCGGCAGUGUAUCAAAUAGUUGUUCUCCCCACUGUACGUCUCGUGUCUGAGCCGUUGAAUUGCAACUCCACUUUGUCUCUAUACUGACGUUUUGCUUGUUUGAUUGCCUUGCGGAGUGAAUAACUACACUGUUUAUAUUCUGCCAUAUUCCUAGUCACCUUGCCAUGAUUAAUUCGUAACUUGUCGUACGUUUUGCAAUUUGUAACAUAUCAUAUGAAUUGUAAUUCGUAACUUAUCAUACGAAAUGGAUUAUGGACAUCCACAAAUUAAUACAUACAAUACGAAAUGUAACAUAUCAUACUAAAUGGAGUUCCCAGAAUUUACGUACAGAAUAAUACGAAAUGCUCUGAGACCACGUUGCAGAGUCUGCACAUCUCAUAUGUAUGAUAAUAUGCUUACUCUGAGGAAUUAUUGAUAUUCUGUGUGUUUAUAUAGUCCUGGCCUCUGAUAGCAUGCAGUUACCCCGAGCAAGUAAUAACUGAAUGUAGAGUAUUUUAAUUGAAUGUGUCCUGCACUGCAAUGAAAAGUUUCCCAAUCUCCAAAUAAACCUCCAACCUGUGGCAUAACUGCAGCAACAUAAUUACUCCAUGGCCCAACGUUUUAAUUACGCCAUGUGGUGAUGUAUCUUGGCUGUCAGUCAAACUCCUUAAAAGUGAAACUAACAUGUAAGUUUAGGCAUUCAUUCCCAAUGGUUAAGGUUAGGGCUAAGGUUAGGGAGGGUUAAACUUAAGUUUAGGCAUUAAUUCAGAGUGGUUAAGUUAAGGGUUAAGGUUUGGGAAAGGCUUAAAACAAAAAAACAAAAAUCAAGUGCCUAGCACUGGGAUUGAACACGCGACCGUCUGAGCCAGAGACUGCGGCUUAAACGCCCUAUCCCCCAUCACAACAACCUAGCAACCCUACUAGAUGGUAAUAGGUGCUCACAUUGCCCCUAGUGGACAGUAUAGCUUCACAUUUCGCCAGGUCCAAAUGUAAUCUGGUACCUACAGAAUCAGCACCUCCUGGAGUAUUCCAUAAGAGAAUGGGCUGAAAGUUUUAUCCAAUGUGCACUUAUCAGGAGUUGACUGGACUUGCGAAGCAUUGAGUCUUGUGAAUAUCAGUAACAUUGUCUUUUGUGUGUUGCUAGUGAACGUGGGUGGCGAGAAGAUGACAAUGAAGGGAUGUGCCUCCAAGAUAAUCUGUAUGGGAGAAGUGUCAGGAGCUCUGGGGCCCGCCAUGGGCGUGGACAUGAAGUGCUGCGAGGGCAACCUGUGUAACAGUGCCCAGGGCAUCGGACUGAGCCUCCUGCUCCUGGUGACAUCCAUGGUCUCUGUCGCCCUGUUCCACUGAGAGGCACCAUGCUUUCACCUCCUCUCCUCUCCUCUCCUGGCCAUGGCCGCGUACUGUUUACUAGUUUCAUCGUAACUGGAGCCUCCCUGUCAUUGUACACCCCCAGCCCAUCUCCCCACUCCCCAGCUCCAGUCUCCACUAUUCACCUGUUGUGUGUGUUAAUAAUGGAUGUUAUUGAAUAGCCCCUUUCACUAGACGCUUCACAUUGUGUAGGGUUAACUCAACCUCUCCACCUCCACUAGCCACCUGUGGAAUGCACUAUAGUCAUUUCAUUUUAGGGACAGCUCUCGCAAAAAAAUACACCCACAACAACCCACACCCACACCUACAUCCAUCCCAUAACCCCUACACACACCCACACCUGUCCUCUUCUCUCCUCAAGGUCCUAUGAGUCAGUGAGGCAUGGAUGUUUGGCGAGGCAUUUGCCAAUCUAAACAAGUGUUGUACAUUGCUUCAAAUCAUUGGCAUUGCUAGCUUUCACAUGUUGCUAACAUUCUGAAUAAUGUAAAAAAGGCUAUUGAAUCCCAUUUUUAACCUGGCAGAAAUAUAUUUUAAAUGAAAUAUGUCACUGGAUGUGUACGGUGUUAUUGUAUUUGCUAUGCCUAAUUGAUGAACAAGAUGAAUUCUGCAAAUUAAAAAGAUUAAAAGUAUAUGAAUUACUGUAUAGA